AUGAGCAACGCGCACCGCGGCCUCCGCCGCCGUCUUGCCGGCCCCUUCUCAUCGGCGCCCUCACAGAACCUUCGUCCCGACGAACAGGGGUACCUCGGGUUCUGCCUCGAGGUCGCCCAGGAGCACGGCUUCCUGCACCUCAUAUCCGACAACGCGAAGCAGCGCUCGCCGCGCCGCGACGCCAAAGCCGAACCCGCGACGGCCGACGACGACGAAGACGAGCCAGUGGAGACGCCGCCCUGCGACCCGUACCUGACCGCCACGCGGGAAUUCGCCGUGCAGCACGGCUUGUUCAUCGCGCCGGACGAGAUCGAGCUGCACGAGGUGAUAGGCCAGGGGACGGCGGGGGACAUACACCGAGCGACGUGGAGGGGGCUCGACGUGGCUGUGAAACCGGAGUUCUUCUGCUCCAAUCAGAUCCGGUUCUGA